AUGGGAAACCAUAGCCUGUUUAGUGAGUUCAUCCUCCUUGGGUUGUCUGCUGACCCUCAGACCCAGAUUCUGCUCUUCAUGUUGUUCCUGGUGAUUUACCUCCUGACCCUGAUAGGGAACCUGACGAUGCUGCUGGUGAUCAGGGCGGAUUCCCACCUCCACACGCCCAUGUACUUCUUUUUGGGACAACUGUCCUUUCUGGACCUCUGCCACUCAUCUGUCACAGCUCCCAAGAUGCUGGAGAAUCUACUUUCUGAAAGCAAAACCAUCUUUGUAGAGAGCUGCCUGGCUCAAGCCUUCUUUGUGUUUGCCACGGGGGGCACCGAGGCCUGUCUGCUGGCUGUGAUGGCCUAUGACCGCUAUGUGGCCAUCAGCUCCCCUCUGCUCUAUGGCCAGGUGAUGAGCAAGGAGCUCUGUGUGGGGCUGGUGUGGGGCUCCUGGGGCCUGGCCUUUGUUGAUGCUCUCAUCAAUAUCCUCUUGGCUGUCAAUCUAGACUAUUGUGAAGACCAUACUAUGCCCCACUUCAGCUGUGAGCUGUCCUCUCUCUUCCCUCUGUCUUGCUCUGAUACCUCGGCCAACUUCACACUCCUGCUCUGCUCCUCUGUUUUGCAUUUCUUUGGAACCUUCAUUAUGAUCGUUUUCUCCUACGCCCGCAUUGUGUCCACCAUCCUGAGCAUCAGCUCCACCUCAGGCAGAAGCAAGGCCUUCUCCACCUGCUCCUCCCACCUCACUACUGUGAUCUUGUUCUACGGCUCAGGUUUCCUCAGCUAUCUCCUGCCAACCUCAGGCUCCCCCUUGGAGAUGGUCUUCCCUUUGCAGUACAGUGUGGUCACUCCCAUGCUGAAUCCCCUCAUCUACAGCCUGCAGAACGAGGAGGUGAAGGCAGCUGUGAGAAGAGUGUUGAGAAGGUACUUUAAUUCUUUAACAUAG